AUGGGUGGUGACCAGUAUGUUGCCCCAGACCGUAUUGGUCCCAGUAUGGAACCUCCUCAGCGUCCGUUCAUGGACAGGUUGAAGGAGAAGCCAGGAAGGAUUGUCAAAAACCUGACGACAAAGGAAGGUCUUAUCGGCGACUACGACUAUGGCUUCCUAUUCAGACCCAACCUGCCUUUUAUGAAGAAAUCUCGCAAAGCCGCACCAUUCUUCGCACUCAACGAAAAGAUGCCGCUACUUCUAGGAAUGCUACUCGGUUUUCAACACGCCUUGGCUAUGUUGGCUGGUGUCAUUACUCCUCCAAUCAUCCUUUCGGGCACUGGCGGUGCGAACCUUACAGGACAGUCCGCUUACUUGGUCUCGACAUCAUUGAUUGUGUGCGGCAUUCUUUCUUCCAUCCAGAUCACGCGCUUCCAUAUCUACAAGUCUAGAUACUACAUCGGCACUGGUCUAAUCUCGGUGGUGGGAACGUCGUUUGCAACCAUUCCUGUCGCUCAGGGAGGAUUGGCACAGAUGUAUGCCAAUGGAUUUUGCCCGCUGGAUGCUGCUGGCAAUAAGCUGCCUUGUCCACGAGGUUACGGUGCUAUCCUUGGAACAGGCGCGCUCUGUGCAUUACUCGAAAUCGGUCUCUCAUUCGCUCCGGCCAAAGUCCUCAGGAAAUUCUUUCCACCCUUAGUCACCGGUCCCACCGUCAUGCUCAUCGGUGUUCACCUCAUCGAGACAGGUUUCUUGAACUGGGCAGGUGGUAGCGGCGCUUGCUCGAGUAGGCCAACCACAGGAAUGUUUCAACUUUGUCCAAACAAUAAUGCACCAAUGGCAGCACCGUGGGGCAGCGCACAAUUCGUUGGGCUUGGCUUUCUGGUCUUCAUAACUAUCAUUAUCACCGAAAGGUUUGGAGCUCCGAUCAUGAAGUCUUGCGCUGUCGUUGUCGGUCUAUUCGUUGGAUGCGUUGUUGCUGCAGCUUGUGGUUACUUCUCUGAUGCCGGGAUCAAAACUGCACCGGCUGCGUCGUUCAUCUGGGUUCAUACAUUCCCACUCACAGUUUACGCGCCAAUGAUUCUCCCUUUCAUGGCGGUGUAUCUGGUCCUGAUGAUGGAGGCUAUUGGUGAUAUCACCGCUACCUGUGAUGUAUCGAGGCUGGAGGUCGAGGGCAAGCUCUUCGACUCUCGAAUUCAGGGUGGUGUACUUGCCGACGGUUUUAACGGCAUGUUGGCCUGUCUUGCCACAAUUACACCGAUGUCGACCUUUGCGCAGAACAAUGGUGUCAUUGCCUUGACCAGGUGCGCCAACCGCAAGGCUGGCUACUUCUGCUGCUUCUUCUUGAUCAUCUCUGGCGUAUUUGCCAAAUUUGCGGCAGCUCUAGUCGCUAUUCCAGGUCCAGUGCUCGGUGGCAUGACAACUUUCCUGUUCAGCGCCGUUGCUGUGUCUGGUAUCCGUAUCAUCUCGACUGUACCAUUCACUCGACGCAAUCGAUUCAUUCUGACAGCUUCUCUAGCUCUCGGUUACGGUGCAACCUUGGUCCCUUCAUGGUUUCACUACGUUUUCACCUAUGAAGGCGACAACAGAGGCUUGUUGGGUCUGAUGCAAGCCAUUGAGCUUGUGUGCGAGUCUGGCUUCGCUGUCACAGCGUUCGUCUCACUCCUCCUCAACCUUGCCUUGCCAGAGGAGGUCGAUGAUGAGGUAGUGGAUAUCACUGCUGAUAACACGGAUGCUCUGAAGGAUGAGCAGGAAUGGGAGCAAAUCAGACGCCCAUCACAAAUGAGAAAGUCGGCGGGAAGCUCUAGUUUGGAUGGCAAGGAUAUCACCGAGGCGAAAGUGUAG